AGUAACAGCCCAAUCCUCAUAAAAAAAACUACUAUGAACAACUCUCCUCAUCUUUUUCACCCAAAUCGUAGCUAAAACUCCUAUAAACUCCGCAGGGAGAUGAAGAGAGCUUAGCAGCCAUGGAAUCCAAGAAGAGAGUCUGCAUCAUCGGCGCCGGCAUCAGCGGCCUCACAACCUGCAAACACUUGUUGCACAGAGGAUUCCGGCCGGUGGUCUUCGAGGCCCAGUCAAGCAUCGGCGGCUUGUGGAGGAACACGCCGGCCUCGACACGGCUUCAGUCUCCGAGAUGGGAUUACCAAUUCUCCGACUUCCCGUGGCCGGAGAAGGUGACCGAGGUCUGUCCUAAUAAUAGGCAGGUGAUGGAGUAUAUAGAAUCAUAUGCUCUGCAAUUCGAUCUU